AUGGAUGGAUCAACCCCAAAGUCCCCCGACUCAGCUUCCUCCGUGGAAUACGUGCUGGUGGGAUUGAGAAGUCAUGGGAAUAAGGAAGUGUUCUCCUGCCAAGGCAUCCAGCUGGCUGUUGACUGGUUCUUGGACCGAGGCCAUUGCAAUAUCACUGUUUUUGUUCCAGCCUGGAGAAAGGAGCAGUCACGACCUGAUGCUCUAAUCACAGACCAAGAGACACUACGUCGACUGGAGAAAGAAAAGAUCCUGGUUUUUACUCCAUCUCGACGCGUUCAGGGUCGCCGUGUGGUUUGCUAUGAUGACAGAUUCAUUGUCAAACUGGCCUAUGAAUCAGAUGGAAUCAUUGUUUCCAAUGACAACUACCGGGACCUAGCCAAUGAGAAGCCAGAAUGGAAGAAAUUUAUUGAUGAACGCUUACUGAUGUACUCCUUCGUAAAUGACAAAUUCAUGCCUCCUGAUGACCCACUCGGACGCCAUGGACCAAGUUUGGAGAAUUUCCUAAGGAAAAAACCUGUUGUUCCUGAAUGUAGAAAACAACCCUGUCCUUAUGGGAAGAAGUGCACAUAUGGUCACAAGUGUAAGUUUUAUCAUCCAGAAAGGGGCAGUCAGCCUCAGCGUUCUGUGGCUGAUGAACUCCGGGCCAGCGCCAAACUUUCAUCAGUCGCUUCCAGAGGCUUGUUAGAACAUGCCCUGUUGGUGAAGAGCCAAAGCACUGGUCAUUCAGAAGAAAUGCCUGAAACUGAACCAAAACACGGCAAAAAACUACCAAGCCAGAGCCCUUGGAGGUCCCUCCCUGAAAUCAUGGAGGACAAACUGCAAAUUCAUUCCAAAGCAGAAGGACAUAGGGGUAGCAGCAGCAGCAGCAUCAUUGUAGGGCAUCCUCCUUCAGGGGUGCCCCCUUCAUCAGGGUAUCUGGACAGAUGGGAACAGCUUAGAGAAAGUAAUGAAAGUGGGUCUAGACUUGAUGAAGCCUUUGGGUCAGGCCAGAGUGACUCUUACCAUAGAUGCAAGUCUCCAGAGGUGGGCUAUAGCUCCCUGAUAAACCCCUAUUCCAAUCUCGGUCUUGUGGUUCCACAAAUCCCAGACUGCCUCCUUCCAGCUGAGCUUCAAACAGGCUCUCUGCCAUCUGACUGCAGCAGCAAUGGCAGUACAGGCUCUGACUCUUUUUCUCCUGACCCAAUGUUAGAUGAUAGCCCCAAAUGCCACCAUAAACAUCCUCAGCACCAUCAUCAUUAUGCUAAUCAGUUCAACCAAGUAACAAGUCCGGUAUCUUCUGGACUGGACUAUCAUCCUCCUCGUGGAUGUAAUAUAACUCAAAGAGUGCAAAGAUCACAUGUGUCUGGCAUCAAAGAACUUCCUUCUUCAUCUACCCCUCACACAUCACCACACCCUCAUGAGAAGACCUCUUCAUUCAUCUCAACCCAACUUCGGCGGUCUUUAUUGAACAGUUUUCAAAGGGAAUUAACCUCUUUUCCAGCCCAAACAUCUACUGCCUACUCUCAUUCCCAGAGCUCCCCCUUCAGUUGUAAUUUGAUGCCCUUACAAGAAGGUGAGAUUCAGGACUCCAAAGUGUACAAGGGGUCACUAUUUAAUUCUAAAAGAAACAACUUUGGGCUUAACCAGCAACCUCAACAUCAGAAUAACUGGAACUCUAAUUAUCUGCCAUCCCCCAAGACUUGCCAUGAUCCAUUUUCCUAUAAGAGCUUUCCACCACUUCACGGGAAGGGUUGGCACUCUCCUUGGGGUCAGCAAGUUCAUUCAUCCCCCUGUGGUCUUUCAUCAUCACUCCCACAACAGUCCCUUCACUCCAUUACUUCACAUAAGAACCACCUGCUCUCUGAGUCCCAAUACUCAGAGAAUCAAGCUUUGAGUUGGUACCAGGACUUAAGGGAGAGGAUCUUUGUUAACUUAUGUGGCAUCUUCCCACCAGAUUUGGUGCGGAAGGUUAUGACCAAGAACCCUCAUGUGAUGGAUGCCCAGGAACUUGCAGCUGCAAUUUUAAUGGAGAAGAUGCAGCAUGUCUCAUAAAUACAGAAAAAAGUUUACAUGUCUUAAACAAAUCCUUUUGCAAGUUAACAUCUUGCAGUUAUCU